AUGCUUAUGUAAAAGUGACAUUGAUUCAAAAUGGUCGGCGAACAAAGAAGAAGAAAACCUCGACCAAGAAGAAUCAAGUCAAUCCAGUUUUCAAUGAGGCCGUGUCGUUUGACAUCGCUAGCGAGAGCCUGGAAACUACUGGGAUAUUACUGACAGUUAUUCAUGAGAAUAAGAUCAUAGGAUGUGUUUUAGUCGGGGGAAACACAGACGGCAAGGAAUUGGAACAUUGGAAAAGAAUGAAAGUAUCCGACAAGCCGAUCGCUGAAUGGCAUGCUUUGCAAGAUGGAAGGAAAUUUUAUUAA